AACGUCAUAUGAAAUUUGAUUCAAGUUCGCACAUGAACUCAAUGCUCUCUCUCUCUUUCCUUCUCUGUAUACUAUCUCUCGCCCUCUUCUGUCACUACGGACAAGCGUUGACUGACAGCUUUCCACAGUAGCUCCACGCCAUAGAGGGGAGAGGGCAGCAGUUGCAGCGAAGUAUUCAGUACACUGCUGCCAAGAAAUACAGUAAAUGGAUUAAAGCACUCUGCAAGCUAAAUAGUAGUAGCAGACACACUACUGCAAAGAGAAAGGAAAGGUAAUAUUUAGUAUAUAUUUUUAAAUACUGGACUGGACUAGAGGACCUCUCUCCCUUGCAUACAUGUGUUAAAGGGAGGGAGGGGGACGCGACUGAAUUAUGUUGGAAUUAUCUAGCUAGCGAAAAUAUUUUUGCUGUCAUUGAAUAGAAGUUUAGGUUGUAGUUGAGAAAAACAAGUACUCGAGCGCGAUGGAGUGCCAACCACCCGACCCGCAAAGCUACGAGGACGUUCGAAAGAACGGCUACCUCCGCAAGCAGAAAUCCAUGCACCGGCGAUACUUCGUCCUCCGGACGGCCUCUGAGAGGGGUCCGGCCCGGCUCGAAUACUACGAGAGCGAGAAGAAAUUCCGCGGAAAAACACCCGUCCCAAAGAAAGCCCUGGUGCUGGAGACGUGUUUCAACAUCAAUAAGCGGGCUGAUGCGAAGAACAAGCACAUGAUAGUGCUGUACACUCGAGCGGAGAGCUUUGCCAUCGCGGCAGAAAACGAGGCGGACCAGGACGAAUGGUAUCAGGCCAUGGUGGAGCUGCAAUGCAAAAGUAAGACACCUACUACUGACACAGGUGCUGGAGGGGACUACGGCGUGCCCACCCCAGGCCCUGCCUUCAAGGAGGUGUGGCAGGUCAAGGUGUGGCCUAAAGGGCUGGGCCAGGCCAAGAACCUGGUGGGUGUCUACCGGCUGUGCCUGACCGACAAGACGGUCAACUUUGUCAAGCUCAACUCGGACGCGGCCGCCGUGGUCCUGCAGUUGAUGAAUGUGCGCCGCUGCGGUCACUCCGAAAACUUCUUCUUUGUGGAGGUUGGUCGCUCUGCGGUUACCGGCCCUGGGGAAUUCUGGAUGCAGGUGGAUGACUCAGUGGUGGCCCAGAACAUGCAUGAGACCCUACUGGAAGCCAUGAAAGCCCUGAGUGAGGAGUUCCGCCAACGCAGCAAGUCCCAGUCCAAUUCUGGGCCAGGUGGGGGAGCCACCGCCUCCAACCCCAUCAGCGUCCCCUCGCGACGCCACCAUCCCAACCCACCCCCCAGCCAGGUAGGCUUCACCCGUAGGCCUCGCACCGAGCCGCCCGGAGGGUCUGGAACAGGCGGCAACAGCGCAAACGCAUCACCCACCCCCCGCCACAGUUUCCCCAGGUCAGGCACAGCCAGUGAUGGGGGUAAAGGAGAAGAAGGGGUGGGGGGAGCGUGCGGAGGUGUAGGUCAGAGUUCCAGUCCUACCACCAAUGGGUCCUGCUCCACCACGCCCAUCCUCAGGUCCAAGUUGGCCCGUUCUGCCUCCACCCCAACCAAGAACAACUCCCUGAGCCUGAUGCGCUCCAUCUCCACCCCAGCUCCCUCCCCAGGUCCUAGCUUGUCCUCCAGCUCCAGCCACUGCUCUGAGUUUGGCGUAGUGGUGGGUGCAACCGGAGGAGGUGGAGGAGCAACAGGGACCGGUGCCUACAGCCGCCUCCACUCCCACAACGCCUCCGUGUCCGGCUCCCCCAGUGAUUAUGGCUCCUCGGAUGAGUACGGCUCCAGCCCUGGGGAGCACUCUGCCCCCUCCCCCAACAUGCCAGGAGGGUCAGCCAGGUCAGGCCGUUAUCAAUCCCUGGAUGACGAGGCUGCUAACUACAUCCUAAUGUGCCAGCGUGGUGGUGGUGGAGCUCCAACAUCUGGCUCUCUGCCUGCCGGAGCAUCCAGCUCAGCCCCUUCUCACCAGCCCCAGACCAGGAGGGUCCUGCGGCGCUCCUCUAGCCGGGAAUGUGAAGCCGAGAGGCAGUUGCUGAGCAAGCGGGCGUCCCUGCCUCCCAUGGCCCUGGAGCGCCUGGCCCCGCGACCCCACAGGGGGGAGGAGGAGCAGGAUGAAGAUGUGGCGGACUACGCCAUCAUGUCCCGCAGCACCAGCGGGGAUUCCUUCACCACCUGCGUCUCCUCACAAAGAGACUCUGAGAUGAGCCCCGGUGGAGGAGGGGGAUACCUGGACGUGGCUGUAGAGUUGGUUGGUAGUGGAGUUAUAGUGCGGGAUAACGGCUAUAUGUCCAUGCUACCGGGAGGAGUUACCCAACCUCCAGUCUCCCUCACCCACUCGCUUUCCGUCUCUGACUCUGAGUCCAAGCCAGCGGAUGACUACAUGGCCAUGACGCCUAACAACAGCGUGUCCCCCCCACAGCAGAUCCGGCCCCCUCCUGGCUCUGGCGACGGCUACAUGAUGAUGUCACCCAACAGCAGCUGCUCUCCGGACCAGCGUGGCUGCCUGGGAGGUGUGGCCUGGGUGGACAGCAGCAGCGCCGACAGCCGGGCGGGCAGCGACUACAUGAACAUGUCUCCCAUCAGCAUCCGCUCGGCCAACAGCAGCCCCCCUCCCCCCGAGCAACCCCCUCAGACAGACCACCACCCCUCACUGCAGGCCCCCAAGAUGGUCUACUCCUACUACUCACUGCCCCGCUCCUACAAACACACGCCACCUGGUGGACACUUUGAGGACGGUCCCGGCCGAGGCAGGAGGCCCAAUGGGAGCAGUGAUGUUAGAGGAGUUGGCAGGGCGGUGGUGGUUCGUCAGGACCCCAAUUUGGGUGCAGUCCAAGGUCGCCACCUGUCCCUCUCCUCGUCCUCAUACUCCUCCAGCUCUGCCAGCAGUGAGAGCCUAGGGGAGAACGAGGACAGGGCUCUCCAGGGAGCAGGGUCCUCAGGUGGGGGAGCUCACUCUAAAGACAUGGGGCUCCUCCAGCAGAGACGGGCAGCCCCCAAGCAGGGCCAGCAGGGGGGACCCAGGACCCGGCCUGUCAGCCUGUUUGUGGACGUGUCCAAAGCAAACACCCUCCCCAGGGUCCGUGAGAACCCCCUCCCCCCAGAGCCCAAGAGCCCAGGGGAGUACGUCAGCAUUGAAUUCAAGGGAGAUCAAAGCGCCAGAGGAGGGCCAGGAGGUGGGGGAGGGAGGGGACUCAGACACGGGAUGUCCCUGCCUCACGGCUCCAGCCAGCACCCUUCACACCGGGCUGCCUCUUGCCUGGGGGGGUUCAUGCCCCUCCCCCGAAGCCCCUCCACCCCCCAGACCCCCAUCAUGCCCCUUACCCCUCCAUCCGCCUCAGAAUAUGUCAACAUGGACCUGCGGCCCUCACCGUCCCCCUCUCCCCUCUCCCUGACACCACUGAGCUUCCCAACCUUCCCCACCCCACCAACGCCCCCUCCAAUGAUCCUGGUCCCCAAGGCCCACGACGAGUACAGGGUGGCCCUUCAGCAGCAAGGCGGGACAGAGGGUGCUGAAGCGGGGCCCAGGACAAACAGACAGACUACCCAUGUAGUGGUGACUCAAUCAGAGUCCCCUACCUCCUGCGGGGACUAUACAGAGAUGGCCUUCAGCCUGAAAAACAACACCGUCCCCAGCUCCACGUCCAACAACACCUUCCCCAAAGCCCCCUCCCCAGCCAGGCCCGAUCCCCCAGUCCCUGUCGUCACCCUGGGCCUGGACUUCCCCCUGCCUAAACCUGGGCCCAACCCGGACCACGGUGCUAAAGUGAUCCGGGCCGACCCCCAGGGCCGCAGGCGCCACUGCUCCGAAACCUUCCUCGCCUCCCCCUCUCUCCCUCCCCCCUCCUCCAACUCAUCCUCUGCUGCCUCUCUCUUCCCGGAGCAAGCCCAGGCCGUGGCUCGCCGGCUUGGGUUUGAGGGCAUGCUGUGGGGAAAUGGAGUGUCGGCCGAGCAUCUCCCCUCGCAGUUCCUCCACCCUGGGCCUGGCAUACCCGCUGCCCAGGCUUUGUCCAUGGAGCAAGGCCUUAACUACAUAGACUUGGACUUGGCCAACAAAGAGAGCCCUCAUUCAGCCUUAGAUGGGUCCUCAACCAUACAGGCUAUCCCCCCUCGCCUCUACUCGUCCGUACUGAAUGGGGGGGGCGGGGUGGGGUUGUCCGGGGCGGGCAUCGGGGGUAGUGGCGGCUCCAACCUCAACACCUAUGCCAGCAUUGACUUCUACAAGUCAGAAGAGCUGCGGACGCAUCCGAACGGAAACAAAGACGGUACAGAAUGCUGAUGUCUUUGCCCUUGCCUUGGAAUUAUGGGAAAUAAAUAAGAGAUCCUGAAGCUCCUCCUCCUCAUCCUUGUGUGACAGCCAAUGGGAAGACGGGUUGCACUGGUCACACCUCUGAAGCACUUUGGAAGGACUGAUGGAAAACCUUUUAUUUUUUUGCUUUCAGUUUAUUGGUUGUGAUGACCAAUGGGGAUGCGUGCCAAUGAUAUUCUGAAAACCUAUUGGUUGCACUUAGCCUGAGAAGGGAGGACUCUAAGCCAAUCAGAGAAGAGUAUGAAGACUGACUGCUGACUGGGAGCGAAUGAUAUUUUUCGAUCAUAAGCUUAAAUGGAAACCCAAUUAACCAAUCAAAAAUAAGGAUUUAAUCUAAUGACGGCUGAAUAUACAAAGUAUAAAAACAAAAUAUAUAGAAAUAUAUAUCUGCUCAAGUGCCUCAUUUUUUGAUUGUAGACAUUCUACAAAGAACUUCAACUUAGCAUUGACUAAGGAAGUGAAGAAGUUUCAGUAUUUGUGCUUGUUUGAAGUAGCACGAUGUUGUGGCAGGUGUAAGAAUAAUAAGGAUGAUGAUGAUGAUGAUAAAAAUACCAAUUAGCUGGCCUUACUGUGAGAGAUGUUGGCAGCAUAGCUUCUAUUCGCUUUAAGCUCAUUGCUUUAAGCUCAUGUAACUGACAGAUUUCUCCUUAUCUCUCUCCCUCUCUCUCCCUCAAAAUCUCUAUCUCUCUCUGCCCAUACCUCUCAUCCAAGAUUGCAGUAUUCUAUAUCACAUACCAACCCGCCCACAUACUUUACAAAAAGACAGUCACCCUUCACCGGGAAUACUGUCUCUGGCACUGGACAAUAUGUAUUUAACACACAAAGACAAACACUUGGCACUUGUUGCAGGUAAAGACAGGUGCUCUGUUCCAAAAUCUACAUUACCAUACCACUUGGAAUGAAGUGAUGUGUUGUGGAAUGCAUGCAUUCUGAGCAAUUGUCAAAUUUGAGUAAAAGUAAAGAUACCUUAAUAGAAAAUGACUGAAGUAAAAAUGAAAGUCACCAGGUAAAAUACUACUUGAGUAAAGGUCAAAGUAUUUGGUUUUAAAUAUACUUACGUAUCAAAAGUAAAUGGAUUUGCUAAAAUGUACUUAAGUAUCAAAAGUAAAAGUAUAAACAAUUUAAAAUUGCUUAUAUUACGCAAACCAGACGGCACAAUGUUUUUAUUUUUUAUAUUGGCGGAUAGUCAGAGGCACACACUCAUAUCAUUUACAAACGAAGGAUUUGUGUUUAGUGAGUCCGCCAGAUCAGAGGCAGUAUGGAUGACCAGGGAUGUUCUCUUGAUAAGUGUCAAUGUAAUUACUUUUGAGUACUUUUGGGUGUCAGAGAAAAUGUAUGGAGUAACAAGUACAUUAUUUUCUUUAGGAAUGUAGUGAAGUAAAAGUCUGCAAAAAUAUAAAUAGUAAAGUACAGAUACCCAAAAAAACUACUUAAGUAGUAUUUUUACUUAAGUACUUUACACCACUGAGUGGUGUAAAUGGGCUCCUGUGGAUGUUGGAACAUAGCCAUUCAAAAUAGGGGUAAGAUGAGCUCAACCACUCAACAUACCCCAUUCUCCUCUACCUGGGUUGGUCAGAUUAUUAUAGCAUUGUGCUAGGUAGAUGAUAAAUCCCUCAGCAUUGUGCUAGGUAGAUGGUAAAUCCCUUAGCAUUGUGCUAGGUAGAUGGUAAAUCCCUCAGCAUUGUGCUAGCUAGGUGGUAAAUGGAUAGUGUUGCUGAUCACAGCUCAGAUAUAGGUAUGACAUUAUUAUCCUACUCAAUCCAAUUAUCAGAUAAAAUGUUAGUAUCUAUUAUCUCAAGACAGUUGCAGGUCUUUUCAUCCCCAUCGUGUCAGGAGCCUGUUAAGCGAUAGGAUGGUAGAGUAUAGUGUCCAUAGAGAUAACGGAGGCGCUGACAUUAGCUGUGCUAACUAUAGCCCUUGCUAAUGUCGUCUUGUCUAACAUCUGGAUUUGAUAACAUGGGCCUUGCUAGCUGCGGGAACAUGCUAACUUCAGCCUAGUUAGCAAAGUAUUUUGUUAGGGGGCAUAGAUGGCCACAACCCUCUUUUCUGUUUCUCAUUCUCCCUUUUUCUCUUUCAUUUUGUCUCUUACUUUAAACUCUUUCUGCUACUUUAAACUCUUUCUGAUAUGCAUUAGCACUAAAGUGCCUGUCUGUAUGUCUGUCAGUCUGUUCCUUUCUUCCCCUUUAGCACUAUCAGGGCUAUCCUCUCAAAAUAUAUAUAGUCUAUUUUUAUGUAUAUUUUUCUUUUAGCGUAUGUACAAUAUUAUGUAACCUCAAGGUACCCUUCCCUUAUUGAGGUUUCAAUUAUGAUGUUCAAGGAUGUAGUGACCCAUGAAAUGACUUGACCAAUUGCCCCUGACUUCAUCACGUGUUUGUAUUGGGUUGGUGCUGGAAAAUGUAGGCCCUGAGGAGGACCCCAUUGAGGACCUCGUCUAUGGAUGGCCGUAUUAGUGCCAAAACAAAAAUACGCUGUGACUCUUUCCGACAAUACAUUAAAAAGCUACAGUAGCUGCUUUGAAUAGCUUCUAUGAGCUCUCAAGUUCUGAC